GCGUGUGAGCGUGUGUGUGUGUGUAUCAGCCCGUGGGUCUGGUAGUUGCUUGCUGCUGCUGCUGCUUGUGCCUGCGAUUCGCCACGCCGGGUUUUUGCAUUUCACUUCGUUUUCAUUUGCCGUUGUCUCGUUGUUAUUGUUUUAUACCGUGAUUAUAAUAUCAAAAUAAAAUAGGUAUAUCAUAAAUAACCGUCGGUUGAUGUUUAAUCUGUUUUGUUUUAUUUAAAUUUUUUUUUUUUCACAUUUUUUGCUCGUGUUUUGUUUAUCCUUCCGUUGUUCACGCCUUCGUUUCGAGUUCAAAACUCUAAGGACUCGCGCAACGCUUAAGUACGUGUUUGUAAAUCGGUGUAUUUCACUCGACAAAACAAUGAUACAAAAAUAAUUGCAUUUCAUGAGUACGAAAACAGUAAGCUUAACGUCGUAAAUAAACACCGCCAAGGUUGAAACUUAUCUUCGAAGAAGAAUAACACCAAGGUAUACAAUUUACACCGGUUUGGUACAACUACUGAUGAUCGACGUUCACGUGACAAUCGCGACGACCGACCGACCCCUACCAAAGUUUGUGAUAAGCUUCGCCGAUAUUCCGUCGUUCAAAUCAGUCCAACAGGUUUCCGAUUUUCAAUCUAUUUUGUUUUGAGCAAAACAAAUACAAGAAUAAACAUUUUUUUUCUUACUGGACAACCAAGUCUCAGAUAUUUCAAUUGAACAGAACCAUAUUCAUGUUUACUGAAAGUACCUAUCAUUAUCAACACUUAAAUCAUAAACAGCAAAGAGAUAAGGAUAAAAAAUGAAUAAAUACCUGUUUGGGGUUGAGGUGUUGGUGUCGACGGUUGGUGUGAGGAGUAAUAGCAGCCGGCACGUGGUAUCGCCGCUGCACGCCGCGGGCCGGUCUGGUGGAGCGCCGUGCGACGGCACCGCCCGCCGUGGAUUCGUUGUAUGAAAGUGUCGAGCAGCAGCGGCAGAGUUUGUGGAGGAGGAGGCGGAGGCGGUGUUUGCGGCAACGGUGGCGAAGACGGCAACGACACUGGAAGCCGCGGUGACAGCGGCGGCGGUGGCGGCGGUGCGCCCAACAACAACAACAGCAGCACCAGCAGCACCAGCACCUGCACCAGCAGCCCUCCGUGCAGUGAGGGUUGUGGCGGCGGCGGCGGCGGCGGUAGUGGUGGUAGCGGCCUGGUAGCUGGCGUGCUGGUCAGCGAUCAGGGCGAAGUGAUCAGCGACCGGUAUGUGGGCGUGGCGAGGCAGUUCGCGUCGCGUCAAGCGUCCGAGCGUGGCUCGAACAAGGCCGACCAAAGCGACGGUAGUGACGACGAGACCACGCUCAGGCAAAUGCUUGUGAGCUCAUACAUGGUGGAUGGUUUGCGCAGCUUGCAACACCAGGUGACGGACAUGAGCGCCAAUCUAACGACGCGGCUGGACGAGCUGCAGUCGCGUGGCGUGUCACCGAGUCCGGCCGCCUACUACGGCACCGAACACCGCGGCCACAUGGAGACCAGUGUCGCGCUGUCCGAGAUCCGGACUCAGCUGCACGAACUCACCAGGUCGCUGGAGUCAUGCCAAUCGGAGGUGACCGAGGUAAAGCGCGACAUGGUGGCCAUCAAGAACGAAUUGGACACGGUGCAACAGGUCAAGGAGGAGAUCGAGGAGCUCAGGGAGUACGUGGACCGUCUGGAGCUGCAGUCGCACCGCAGGAAGCUCAGGCUGCUCGAACAGGGACUUACGUUCUUUUUAUCCUAUACAAUCUUGGCGUCAAUGCUGGGCAUGCUUCAGUUCGGUUACAAUACUGGAGUAAUAAAUGCACCCGAAGGGAACAUAGAGAAGUUCAUCAAAGAUGUAUUUGAAGAUCGGUAUAAAGAAAAUAUGGACCACGCUCAAGCUGAGUUACUUUACUCAUUUGCAGUAUCCAUUUUCGCCAUUGGUGGUAUGUUAGGUGGCUUCAGUGGCGGCAUCAUUGCCAACCGUUUCGGCAGAAAAGGAGGCUUACUGCUUAAUAGUUUUGUCGGAAUUGGUGGCGCUUGCUUGAUGGGUCUCACCAAGUACUUCAAUUCGUAUGAAGUGCUAUUUAUUGGCCGAUUCAUUAUAGGAGUCAAUUGUGGUUUGAAUACAUCACUAGUUCCAAUGUAUAUAUCAGAAAUAGCGCCGCUCAACCUACGAGGUGGCCUCGGCACUGUCAAUCAGUUAGCCGUAACCACUGGACUGCUCAUAUCCCAGAUAUUGGGUAUAGAACAAAUUUUGGGUACAGACGAAGGCUGGCCUUUAUUAUUAGGAUUAGCUAUAUGCCCUGCCAUAUUACAAUUAAUUUUACUACCUGUAUGUCCUGAAUCGCCAAGGUAUCUGUUGAUAACUAAACAAUGGGAAGAAGAAGCAAGAAAAGCUCUGAGGAGGUUACGUGCAACCAAUCAGAUCGAAGAGGACAUAGAAGAAAUGCGUGCUGAAGAACGUGCUCAACAGUCUGAAGCUACGAUAUCCAUGAUGGAAUUAGUAUGCUCACCCACUCUAAGACAACCACUUAUCAUUAGUGUAGUCAUGCAGUUGUCGCAACAGUUGUCCGGCAUAAAUGCCGUAUUUUACUAUUCAACUAGUCUGUUCAUAACUGCUGGUUUGGCCGAGAAUGUAGCUAAAUUUGUAACAAUAGGGAUUGGUGUAAUUAUGGUGAAUAUGACACUGGUGACCAUGCCAUUGAUGGAUAAAACUGGUCGAAGAACAUUACAUCUGUACGGUCUGGGUGGAAUGUUUAUAUUCUCGAUAUUCAUUACGAUAUCAUUGUUAAUCACGGAGUUUUUCGGUUUUGUGCAGGAAAUGAUCGAUUGGAUGUCGUACUUGGCCGUCGUAUCCAUACUUGGGUUUGUUGUAUUCUUUGCCGUUGGUCCAGGCUCCAUACCUUGGAUGAUUACUGCGGAACUCUUCAGCCAGGGUCCUCGGCCUGCGGCUAUGUCAAUCGCCGUGCUCAUAAAUUGGGUAGCCAAUUUCGCCGUCGGCAUAGGCUUCCAACCUCUAAAGACUGCAUUGGAUAAUUAUACAUUCCUACCAUUCAGCGUAUUGCUGGCAAUAUUCUGGAUAUUUACUUAUAAAAAAGUGCCAGAGACCAAAAAUAAAACGUUCGAAGAGAUACUAGCUCUAUUUCGGCAAAACGGCAGAGGAAGCGUCUUGGAAUCAAGUCGCUUAUACGGGAGUAUGUUAAACUAUUCAAACGCGUUAGACGAGCAUUUACCGCCCUCCGAAAGGGCAUCAUUAAUGGUGGCUGAGGAGAAACCUUUGCCAGACUCAUCACCAGUACAACACUCUCCGACGGACCAGGAGGUGUGUGCUGUAUGCGUCAACACUGGCAGUUCCCUCAUGAUGACGUCUCCGAACGUAACUCGCCGGUCGAGUCACACGCUCAGUAACCACGUUUGCCAAAUGGACUAAACCGUCGCAUAUAUAUUAUAUGCAUAUUAUUAUUAUUAUUAAAAUAUUAUUAUUAUUAUUAUUAUUAUUAUUAUUAUUAUUAUUAUUAUUAUUAUUUAUAAUAAUAAUAAUAAUUUAGAACAAAACGUUGUAUCAACAAAAAAUAUUUAACAAAUAUUUAUAAACAUACAUUAUAAUAAAAAAAAAAAUAGAGCAUAUAUUAUAUGUAAGGCUUAUUCGUAAGACAAUUUCAAUCUUUUUCAUUAUUAUAUUUUAUUAUUGACAUAUAACAGCCAUAAUACCUAUACCUAAUAUUUACCUUUUAUACGUUAGGAUACCUACUUUCUACAAUCAAGCGAUACCAAGAGAUGAAACCUUAGAAAUUAGAUCAUAUGCUAAGUCCUGUGUAUCUAUUCGUAUAUAAUAUGAUCUACGGAUAAAACCAACUAUCUACCAAUGAUGAUGGUCUUGGUAAUCGUAGUCAAUGUUACAGUCAGUAGACCUAUAAUAGUACCCUUGCAUAUUAUUAUUAAUCCUUUAUACCGAUAAACGUCCUUCGGAGAUAUUUUACAAUUAUCUAUUGAAUAUUGUUCAUAGAUGUAACCUGUACCUACCAGUUGAUUAAUUUAGUGAAAAACACGUAUUUAUAAUUUUUUUUAUAGUUUCAAGACGGACAAAACGACAUUUUUGAAAAAAUGAAUUUAUUUUGUGCUUUUUUUUUAAUCGUUCCUAUAUUCAGUUUUUACUUUUUUGAAUGACAAUAUAUCUAAAUUUUUUAUUCCAUAUUCCAAAGUACCAUAUUAUUCGGAGUAUUUCUAUGAAUAAAAUCAAAUUUCGUAGAGUAGUUAAUUAUUUUUAGGUAUUAGGUAAGCGUUUAUAAUUCAAAUAAGAUGAAUAGUAAACCUACAUUUUGCAGUAUUCUAUGGCCCUAUACUAUUUCACUCGGCUCAAUUAUAUCAACCUACUUAAAAUUCUUAUAAUACACCAAUUACUUAGAUAGUUAGAUCUAUUCGUUUAAAAUUAUAAAUUCUCCGAAAAUAUUAUAUUUUGUAAUAAGGAAUUUAAAUAUUGCCAUUAUAAAAAAUAAAAACUCAGAUACUAUCUUUUUUUCAAUUAUGUUGUUCCUAUGUUAUAACCUUCUUAAAUUUAUGUAAAAAAUUAUUUUUUAAAACUUAAAUAAUUUUUGAAAUAAUAAGUGUUGCUUGAUAAGUAAUCAUCCGAUAUAAAUAAAUUAUAUACAUUUAUUUUAAUAUAUUCCCUGCUUACAUAAUUUAUGAUAAUUAUUGAUAAUCAAUUAUUUUCAACUACAAUAAAUAAUACAGGAAAUUAGAUUGUAUAGGAAUUAAAGAAAAUAUGCACACAAUUUGAAUCAUCUUUAUGGGUUUAUCGAGUAAAUUUAACUUAAUAAUAAUUUUUUUUAACCAGACUAUAUCAUGAGUCAUUAGUUAUUACCUAUUUACAGUAUGUACGAAUAUGCACCUACACUUCAAAUAGGUACACCUAAAGUUAUAAAUAUCAAAAAAUGCAGUUCACAAUCAUAUUAAAUGAAUUAGCGUACCAAAUAAUAAACGUCUAUUUUAAUGUCACACAAUUUAAAAAAAGUUUACGUCCCGGCUUGAUUUGACGCUCAACUAUCAGAUACUAAUAAAAACAAUAAUAUAUAAUAUUAAGGAUACUGGCGUUAAAAAACUUUAAAAUAUUAUUAAAUUAAACACUCUAAAAUAAUUAGAAUAUGAAUUUAAAAUCAUGAUAAACAAAUGACUACAUUCGUGGGGUAUAAUCUUUUCGUUGUUUUAAAAUUUAAAUAAAUAUUAUUGUUUCUAUAUACCCAUGUGGUCAUGCCUUUAUGGCCAAUUUUUUUGUACUUUUUUAAUAUACGCUUCUCUAAUAACCAUAUAAUUUCAUGAUGAUCUGACGUUACUAAAUUGAAGUAGACGUUUUAUUGUUUAACACAUAACUCGAACGGUAUUGCAUAAUAUAAUAUAAAUAAUUGUAUGUAUGCGUGCGUGGACCAGCCAAUUACCAAGCUAACGAUUAAUAUUAUAUCAAUACUAAUUAACCAUACAUUAAUUUAAUCUUGUUGUUAUGAUUUUCUAUGCGCACACAAGUCGUACACAUCACCAAGUUAUAAAUUAUACAAAUUAUUAUUAUAGGCCUAUUGUUGGUGCUCCAUGACUAUAUUAUAUGAUCACAUCAUAAUAUUAUAAUAAUUGUUAAUAUUAUAUUUUUUUUACGAAAAAUCUCUUUUAAAUUUUGCAUUCAAAAGUAGAUACCUAAUUAAGGUAUGAACAUAAUACGGUAGGUUUAUCUACACAUACUUGAUUAUUAUUUUCAUAUUAAGAUAGGUUCUUCUUAUUAUAGUUAAAAUCUAAUAGUGAUACUUAAAACAUAGAAUUUAAAUUCAUAACAAUUUAAAAAAAAAAAAUCA